AUGGACAAAAAACGGCCAGUACCAAAGUCUUUCACAAAUAAGAACUCUAAAAAGAAGAAGACAGCCGUCGAAAAUGUGAAACAGAAGCGCAUCAGUGAUGUUUUCUCAUUCAAGGGUGACGGUUCUGAACCUGACAUUCCUCAACCCAUUGGCAUCCCCAAACCUGUCGAAAAUGUACCCAGGCUCAUCUCUGAACUAGUCGUCAGAGGUGUGCCAGUUGCCUAUCCAUUCAAGCCUUAUCCGUCGCAGGUUGCAAUGACUGCAAAGAUCAUCUCGGCAUUGCAACUGUCUCAGAAUGCUCUAUUGGAGAGCCCAACUGGUACUGGCAAGACAUUGGCACUACUUGUCUCAGUUCUUGCAUGGCGUGAAGCUGACAAGACACGUCAGAUACAAGAAUGGAAUGCAUUGCAUGCCAAAAUGGAACAAGAAUCAAUCGAGGCCGAGGCUGCUGCUGGUCCUUCAUCACCUUUAAAGAAAGACAACCAACCACCCAAACGCAGAGAACCUAUACAGAUUGCAAUGGAUGACGAUGAUGACAAUGACUUUGUCACCCAGAAACCCCGUAAAGUACCUCAACAUGAAAAUGUUGUAGAUCCUUUACCUCCUCUUCCUGUAAUCAAAGCAGUCGCACCCAAGAAUCAGGAACCACUCAAACUCAAACUCCCAAAGAUUUACUUUACAAGUCGUACCCAAAAACAGUUACAACAGGUCAUCAAAGAAUUGAAGAAUAAUGUCACAUAUCGACCAAAGAUGGCAAUAUUGGGCAGUCGUGAACAUAUGUGCAUCAAUCCUACAGUAAAACGUGCAGAAAACAAGAAUGAAAAGUGCGAUGAGGUGGUCACAUCCGAUUCAUGUAAAUUCUUCCACGGCGUCAGGAAUCUACGAGCAAAUCCAGUCCUUUCAUCGGGCAUAUGGGACAUCGAAGACAUUGUAAGCAUCGGAACUCGCAGAACUGGGUGUCCUUACUUUACUGCAAGAGCCUUUGCCGAAACAGCAGAUAUUGUAUUUGCUCCUUAUAACUACUUGAUUAAUCCGCUGAUUCGUCAAGCCCUGGAAAUCGACUUGGAAGGAGCUAUUGUCAUUAUAGACGAAGCACACAACACUGAAGAUGCUGCUGCUGAUUCAGGAAGUGUCGAGCUUACAGAAGAUGCUCUCAAGACUGCUGAAGAUGACUUGACCGAGUUGAGUACAUCAGGGCAUCUACACGAAGAAUAUGCAAAGCUACUCCAUGUAGUCCAAUCUUUCAGAAAUUGGUUAGCAGGGAGUGACCAAAUCGAUUUCAACGUAACGGAUUUCGACCGAUCUCUGAAAAUCCAUUCUGGACGAGAGGCUGUCAAAAUCUUUGAACGAAUUGGACUAAUAAAAGGCAGUGAAUUAGCCUUGAAGGAAGCUUUACAAAGGAUUAUGAGUGAACAAAGACGUGAGCUCGAUAUUCUCACCCUCAGCACUUUUGUUGCUCAGUCAAUACGAGCUUUGAUCAUGGUUAUGGGAUACUUGUUUUCGGAAGAUUCUGUUGAUGACUUCAAGAUGGUCAUUUGCAAGAAACCGUACAGGCAUGCUUCUACUCCAAGUCGAACAGUACAAUACUCAGUAGGAUUCUGGUGUUUGAACCCAGCCGUCAUCUUUCAAGAGAUAACAAACUCGGCCAGGUCUGUGAUUUUGACCAGUGGAACUUUGAGCCCUUUGAAUUCUUUCGCUAGUGAAUUGGGUGGCGUGUUUGAUCAGAGGUUGGAGGCUACACAUGUGAUUGCCAAUGACUCGGUUUGGGUUGGUGUUGUACCAAGUGGACCAAAUGGAAAGGCAAUUCAUGGCGUAUACAAGAAUUUGGAUUGCUUCGAAUAUCAAGAUGAAGUUGGACAAUCCUUGUUGAAUUUCAUGAGCCUAAUCCCUGAGGGCAUGUUGGCAUUCUUGCCAAGCUAUUCCGCGCUGGAUAAAUUAAUGAAUAGAUGGAAGUCAACUGGAGUCUUGAAGGAAAUGGAGAAGCUGAAGAAAGUCUUUACAGAGCCAAAAGCAACUGGGCGUGGAGAAUUCGAACAAGUCAUGCAAAGCUACGAAAAUAGCAUUCAGGCUGGCCAUGGAGGUUUCAUUUUGUGUGUUUACCGUGGAAAGAUGAGCGAAGGAAUUGAUUUCUCAGAUAGUAAAGCUAGAGCAGUCAUUGCUAUUGGAAUUCCGUAUCCAAAUACUAAAGACAUCAAAAUCCAACAAAAACGACUCUACAAUGAUCAAAAAUCAAAAGUCAAAAAUCUACUGACUGGUGGUGAAUGGUAUGAGAUACAAGCCUGGAGAGCGGUCAAUCAAGCUCUUGGCAGGUGUAUAAGACAUCGCAAUGAUUGGGGUGCCAUAAUAUUACUUGACCAACGAUUUACCAACAACAAGGCUCGAGAAUCACUUUCCAAGUGGAUUCGAACCAAAAGCACCAUCCGAAAUGACUUUGCCUCAUCUGAGCAAUCUUUGCGGGAAUUCUUUCAACGACGAACCGCUCCACCUUUACAAGUAAAACACGAGCAAUUGGCUGUAGAUAGCACUAUAAUCCAUAUGGAAAUGCCACCGCAAAAUAUGGAUAUAGGACCAAGGCAGAAUAUGUGGUUGCCCGAGGCUGAUACAACUAUAGUCAAGAUGGAAAUGCUGCAAAAGAUGGAGAUAGAACCAAGGCAGAACAUAUUGUUGGCCAAGUCGAAUCAUGUUGUGGUGUCUGAUCAGAUUGAAGAUACGACAACUCCCAAUCAAAAUACUCUCACAAGACGAAUCAGUGACCACCCAGCAACUGCUUCUUCUGAAAAUUCGCCUAUAGUAGCAUUAAAGAAAUUGUUUGCAGAAGGUCAAAAUGAAAUUGCUGGAAGGUCAUUGAGUAAUAUGAAUGCUCAUCAGCCUUUGAUAUCAGAUUCAUCUUCGCAUGCUCUGAUGGCAAAUCAACCCGUAGACGACUCUCCACUUCCUGUACACUGCAUACAAUGUAAUGCAAGCUUGGGUGUCGCUGUCGGACUGACGACUAACGAAGCAGCCAAACUUGGGAUGCAGUUCUUACUUGACAGAACUGGUCCCAUUAUGAAGGUCAACGGACCUAAACUUGGUCUCACAAACAGCACAAUCAAACAUACUGUUGUAGAGGAUGGUAUGCUCUUGAUGGUUGCUGUCUGUGCAUGUGGUGAACGAGUUGGCAUUCAAGUGGCAGGUGUCACGACACUGGAUGUGCCAUCACGACUUGGUGCUCUCUAUGUUGUAGUUCCAGAUCAGAUGGAAACGGCUCCUCCGCCUCCUUUGCCACCAUCACCGAAUAGUCCCAAGAGGAUCCACAAGGAGUUUUCAUUUUCACAGUUUGACGAUAUUGUUGUAGAUGGUUAUUAG